GGCCUGUAAACUAAAACUUUUGGGCUGUAGGCUUUGGGCUUUUGACCCAUCAAUAUAUAUUAAAUAACAGCAACAAAUUUCGUCGUUCUUAUUCUACAAACCCUAGCGGCAUUGAAGAAACCUCACAGCAACCUUGAGCUUCAACAAUGACUUUCAAGCGUAGGAAUGGAGGACGUAACAAGCAUGGCCGUGGCCAUGUCAAGUUCAUCCGUUGCUCCAACUGCGGAAAAUGCUGUCCCAAGGAUAAGGCAAUCAAGAGAUUUCUUGUGAGGAACAUUGUUGAACAGGCUGCUGUUAGAGAUGUUCAGGAAGCUUGUGUCUAUGACCAAUACACUCUUCCUAAGCUGUAUGUGAAGAUGCAGUACUGUGUGUCUUGUGCUAUUCAUUCUCAUGUUGUGAGGGUUAGAUCUCGCACUGAUAGGAGGAAGCGUGACCCUCCUCAGCGUUUCAUCAGGCGCAGGGAUGAUGCACCAAGGCCUGGUCAGCCUGGUCAAGCACCUCGCCCUGCUGUAGCCGGAGGAGCUCCUGUCCGCACUUAAAAGAAAAUUUCAAGAGUUUUGAUCGUGUUGGAUUAAUGUUAUGUCACAAAAAACUCAAUUUCCUUGUUUUUAAGAGUUUUGAAUUCGUGUAGACAAAGUAUAUUGUUGUUCUCAUGCUUAAUUUGUUCUUGAGAGGAACCUAUAUUUUUGAUAAUUUAUAUUUGGUACUUUUAAUGA